UUCGGGGAGGAGCCUCCGCCGCCUGCCUGAGGACCUCUGGUCCCGGGGGACAAGCCCCGCCCGGACCGGCGCGUCCCCCGCGCACCUGUCCUCGCGGCCGCGGUUGACGCAGUGCUGCGCACCCUCCGCCUCACGGCAGCUCUUCAGAACAGCUGUAAUUAGUCGCAUUUCAGGAGAACCUGAGGCUGAGACGUUAAGUGCUUGACCGAAGCGACAGGACCAGGAAGUGACAAAGCCCAGAACUGGGGUUUGAUCCGCCUCCUCUCACCUCUAACUACAGGCAGCCUCCUCCGGGAAGCCUUCCCGGAUUAAUCUCCUGCGUUCCUGCUGUGUUCACUCCUCUUUCCCCUCUCCCGGGUUCCACCAUGUCAGGCCCCUCCUGCUUCUGAGUCCUUAUCCCUCCCAACUUAUCCCUCCCACCCGCUCCUCACUGGGUGCUCAAGCCACACUGGUCUCUGUUUCUGUUUUUUUGGCUAUACCAAGCUUGUUCCUGCUUGUGGGUCUGCACCUGUCUCCCCACCCCCACCCCGGCCUGGCUCCUGUCACAUGAUCCCCCUCUCCUGCUUGACACCCUAGCCAAAAUAGCUGUCCAGUCUCUGUCACACAAAGCCCCUUUAUUUCAUUCCCAGUGUUACCAAAACUGGGUUCGUCUGUUGGUGGACGUCGAGCGGAAAGACACAACCAAGGCAAAGAGCAGGAGAAGGAAGAACUGAUCACUUGCAGACAGAGGAGUGCUGACUCACUGCAGUGUCCCCUGCUCACCAGACAGAGCAUGGCAGCAGCGAGCUUCCCUGGACGGUAGUUCAGUAGAUAAAGAUCUGACUCUCAGGUUCCAUCCCUCGCCUGCACCAGGCUCAGGGUGGUGUUCCUCCCGAGGCAUGGCUGACAGGAGGAGAUGCUGCUGCAGAACCGGGCUCCCUAAAUAAUAGACACAAGUGCUUGGCUCAGCAGCCGGACCACGAGGCAGAGGCAUCCAGCAAGCCCUCCCCAGGCCCAAGCCCAGGCCCGGGCCCACGGACGCUGAGACAACGUGGCAGCUGUUUUAAGCUGCUGGAUUCCUUCCCUGUCUUCCUCCCGCGCCCCCAUCUCAGAGGUGGCACUGUCACCCACCCAAGCCAGAAUCCUGCUGCCAUCCUGGGUGCCUCCCUUUUGCUGUCCCCGGUCCCCAGGACCGAGAGACUCCAUCUCCUGAAUACGUCUUGGAUAUUUCCCCUCGUCGUCAUCGCUCCCGCCCCUACCCGGGGCCCCAUCCCGAGAUGCUUGUUCACCGCACAAAAGUGCCAGGGCAAGAGGGCUGAGAUCCAGCCCUGCCCUGGUCGCCUGCCCUAGCCCAGGCUGCCUGUACCUGGACGAAGAAUCGCAGCACACUCGUCCCUCUGUAUCCUUGGGAGACUGGUUUCAGGCUACCUGCAGAUACCAAAAUUCAAGGAUGCUAAAGUCUCAUAUAAAAUGGUGCAAUAUUUGCGCAUAACCUAGAUUUGGAACCAACUGUGACUGCUUCCCACCUGCCUCAAUCUACGUCCACCCCUGGCAGCCUGAGGGAUUCUCCUAAAGCCCACAUAGCUCUCCACUGCCCUCAGGCCAGCUCAGUAGAAAGACUUGGUGAUCUUUCGUGAUCUGGGCUCUCCAGCCUCAAUUUUUGUCCUUUCCUGAACAUCACAAGCGGUUUAACUGGAACUAGGAAAGUACUUGCAGAUGCCCACCGUGCCCUGCUCUCCACAUCUCUGCGCACGAGGCUCUUGCUACCUGGAACACCCUUGCAUCUCGGCUCCCUUGGGGGGGUAACCCCCACUAGAACGUCACAGCUGGCCUCCUACCAUCCCCCGCCUUUCGGCGCUUGAAGGACGCAGCCUGAGCUUUUGGAGGAGUUGACAUCACACAGUAAGAAGACGUCAGAAAACAAGGCCCCCAGCCGGCCACAGCACCAGGUCAUACACCUCGGCUGGCCCCGCAGCACAGAGCGCGGGCUAGGCGGGGUCUCGGGCAGCGUGGGCGGGGCCGCACGCUCGGGCCCGCCCCCGAGCGCCGGCGUGACGAAAAUGGACGCCAACGUCAUGACGUCGUGCUCCCUCAGACGCUUCCCGGGCACGGGCGGUCACGUGGGCCGUUUUUCGCGCGAAAACUGGCUGUUGCUGGCGGAGCGGAGAGGAGCACUGAGCAGCGAUGGCGGUGAGCGCGGCGGAGUCUGAAUCAUCCGAGUCCUUCACGGUGGCGUCCAGCCCGGCCCCGAGGCGGAGAGGCAUCGAUCCUCUGACCUCCAGCCCUGGGCGGAGCUCCCGGCGCACGGAUGCCCUGACUUCCAGCCCCGGCCGCGACCUUCCUCCCUUUGAGGAUGAGUCGGAGGGACUGCUCGGCACAGAGGGGCCCCUGGAGGAGGAGGAGGAGGAUGGAGAGGAGCUUUUCGGAGAUGGCAUGGAGAGGGACUACCGCCCCAUCCCGGAGAUAGAUGUCUACGAGCCCGAGGGGCUGGCCCCGGACGACGAGGACGUGGACGAGCUGACCGCCAGCCAGAGGGAGGCGGCCGAGCGGGUCAUGCGGCGGCGAGACCGGGAGGCUGGCCGGGGCCUGGGCCGCAUGCGCCGCGGGCUCCUGUACGACAGCGACGAGGAGGAGGAGGAGCGCCGCAGCCGGAAGCGGCGGCAGGUGGAGCGGGCCACGGAGGACGGUGGCGAGGCCGACGAGAUGAUCGAGAGCAUCGAGAACCUGGAGGACCUGAAGGGCCACUCGGUGCGCGAGUGGGUGAGCAUGGCCGGCCCGCGGCUGGAGAUCCACCACCGCUUCAAGAACUUCCUGCGCACCCAUGUGGACGGCCGCGGCCACAACGUCUUCAAGGAGCGCAUCAGUGACAUGUGCAAAGAGAACCGCGAGAGCCUGGUGGUGAACUACGAGGACCUGGCCGCCAGGGAGCACGUCCUGGCCUACUUCCUGCCCGAGGCGCCGGCUGAGCUGCUGCAGAUCUUCAGCGAGGCUGCCCUGGAGGUGGUGCUGGCCAUGUACCCCAAGUAUGACCGCAUCGCCAGCCGCGUCCACGUGCGCAUCUCCCACCUGCCCCUGGUGGAGGAGCUGCGCUCGCUCAGGCAGCUGCACCUGAACCAGCUGAUCCGCACCAGCGGGGUGGUGACCAGCUGCACGGGCGUCCUGCCUCAGCUCAGCAUGGUCAAGUACAACUGCAACAAGUGUGGCUUCGUGCUGGGGCCUUUCUGCCAGUCCCAGAACCAGGAGGUGAAGCCGGGCUCGUGCCCCGAGUGCCAGUCAGCCGGCCCCUUCGAGGUCAAUAUGGAGGAGACCAUCUACCAGAACUACCAGCGCAUCCGAAUUCAGGAGAGUCCUGGCAAAGUGGCGGCCGGCCGGCUGCCCCGCUCCAAGGAUGCCAUCCUCCUCGCGGACCUGGUGGACAGCUGCAAGCCGGGAGACGAGAUAGAGCUGACCGGCAUCUACCACAACAACUACGAUGGGGCUCUCAACACUGCCAACGGCUUUCCCGUCUUCGCCACUGUCAUCCUAGCCAACCACGUGGCCAAGAAGGACAAUAAGGUGGCCGUGGGAGAGCUGACUGACGAGGACGUGAAGAAGAUCACCAGCCUCUCCAAGGACCAGCAGAUUGGGGAGAAGAUCUUUGCCAGCAUUGCUCCUUCCAUCUACGGGCACGAAGACAUCAAGCGAGGCCUGGCACUGGCUCUGUUUGGAGGGGAGCCCAAAAACCCUGGCGGCAAGCACAAGGUGCGAGGUGACAUCAACGUGCUCCUUUGUGGAGAUCCCGGCACGGCCAAGUCUCAGUUCCUCAAGUACAUUGAGAAAGUGUCCAGCAGAGCCAUCUUCACCACCGGCCAGGGGGCCUCGGCCGUGGGCCUCACGGCGUACGUCCAGCGGCACCCCGUCAGCAGGGAGUGGGCCUUGGAGGCUGGGGCCCUGGUCCUGGCGGACCGAGGAGUGUGUCUCAUCGAUGAAUUUGACAAGAUGAACGACCAGGACAGGACCAGCAUCCACGAGGCCAUGGAGCAGCAGAGCAUCUCCAUCUCCAAGGCCGGCAUCGUCACCUCCCUGCAGGCCCGCUGCACCGUCAUUGCUGCCGCCAACCCCAUAGGUGGCCGCUAUGACCCCUCGCUCACCUUUUCGGAAAACGUGGACCUCACGGAGCCCAUCAUUUCCCGCUUCGACGUCCUGUGUGUGGUGAGGGACACGGUGGACCCAGUCCAGGAUGAGAUGCUGGCCCGUUUCGUGGUCGGCAGCCACAUCAGACAUCACCCCAGCAACAAGGAGGAUGGGGGCCUGGGGGGCGCCCCGGAGCCCCCCAUGCCCAACACAUAUGGCGUGGAGCCCCUGCCGCAGGAGGUCCUGAAGAAGUACAUCAUCUACGCCAAGGAGAAGGUCCACCCGAAGCUCAACCAGAUGGACCAGGACAAGGUGGCCAAGAUGUACAGUGACCUGAGGAAGGAAUCCAUGGCCACGGGCAGCAUCCCCAUCACGGUGCGUCACAUCGAAUCCAUGAUCCGCAUGGCUGAGGCCCACGCACGCAUCCACCUGCGGGACUACGUGAUGGAGGAUGACGUCAACAUGGCCAUCCGCGUGAUGCUCGAGAGCUUCGUGGACACGCAGAAGUUCAGCGUCAUGCGCAGCAUGCGGAAGACUUUUGCCCGCUACCUGUCAUUCCGCCGGGACAACAACGAGCUGCUGCUCUUCAUCCUGAAGCAGCUGGUGGCCGAGCAGGUGACGUAUCAGCGCAACCGCUUCGGGGCCCAGCAGGACACGAUCGAGGUGCCCGAGAAGGACCUGGUGGACAAGGCUCGUCAGAUCAACAUCCACAACCUGUCUGCCUUUUACGACAGUGAGCUCUUCAGGAUGCACAAGUUCACCCACGACCUGAAACGCAAGAUGAUCCUUCAGCAGUUCUGAGCGUCCGCGGCAGCUCCGUGGUCCUGGUGGAAGGUCAGACCUGGUGCUGACUUCACUCUGCUGCAGGGACCCAAAACCAAACUGCGCGGGGCUCCGAGUCGUGGGGCCGGGCUCGCAGCGGUGCCGUGUGGCUCCAUCCACCCCACGUCCGAGGUGUUUUAUUUCCUUGACUCACUUCCUCUGCUCUCAUCUUGGGGCACUUGACUUCCCAGAGCUGCGUUUUCAGCCCUCUGACAACCGCCCACCACUUGCAGGAGGUUUGCCUGACCUUCUGGGGAUUGAAGUCGAUUGUGUUCGGGCCCCUGGGGGCUGUUCUAGGGUGCUGAGCACGGAAGGGUGUCACCAGAACUGCUGGCCUCUUGGCAUGAGUUCCGUGUCCUGUUGCUUUUGCUGCCUGUGGUUGAAGAGCAAGUUCUCAGUAUUUGCAGCGUUUUUCUGAAUUGUGUCCUGCAGCCUUCUCUAGGCUCCCGUGAGUAGGGGCAGCGUGUGGGUCCUGCACAGAUGGGACCCUAAGCUGUCGGCACAGCCUCGCGUCCUCUGACGGCCCUGCAGCCUUGGCCUCCGCCAGUGGGAGGAGUGGGUUUGGGGUCAGAUGGUGAGGGUCAUCGGAGCCGGGCCACCCCCUCACCGUUGCUGUGUGAUCUGUUCUCCUACCUGGCCCUUUCCUCAUUCUCUCAUUUGUACACUGAGUUCUUGUUCUGUCGUUGUAGUUUUUAAUAAAGUGGAGUAAACCUGAA